AUGGGGGCUGUCAUCUCUCGGUGGAGGGCAAAACCUUCCACUGUGGAGAUUUUGGAGGGCAUAGAUAAGGACAUUCAGCUUUAUGAGGAACACGGCGAAAAAUACCAAAGGCAGCUGAAAAUUUGGCUCGGCCGACUGCUUUUGUACUCUGCCCUUCUCUACCUGAUCACCUGCGUAGUGGUGUAUUGCUGGUACCUGCCAGAACAGCUCAUAGGGCGCUUCAUUCUCGCUCUUCCCUUUGUCAUAUUCCCUCUAUUAGUGUGGUUGCUUCGGAAACUCCUGAUAAUAAUAUUUUUGCGAAGAACUGAAAAGAAUAAUGACAAACUAGAUAAUCUUAAAAAGCAAAAGAAGAAAAUACUUGAAGAAGUUAUGGAAACGGAGACCUAUAAAAAUGCAAAAAUGAUUCUGGAAAGAUUUGAUCCUGAGUCCAAGGGGAGAAUGCUGGAAUCGACUCCACUCAAACCUGAGAUGACUCCAAAACCAGACCAAGAGCUUCGCCAACGCAAUGUCCUCUCGAAAACACCCGUGGCGGCGAACCCUUCAAGUGGCAUAGAAUCCCAACCCCCUCCUUCCGGCGGGCCCUCCUACCCUGGACGAUCUUCCCACUCCGCGCCGGGAGGACCCCCAGAGAGGGGCCUGUCGGCUGCGGCUGCUCAGCAGAGCUUGAUGAGGAAGUCUGUGACCCUUGGAACACCUGCUCCAGGAUUUGGGAUGCACCCUCCAGGCCCGCCCCUGGCCAGACCGGUGCUUCCAAGGCACAGAGGGGCCAUGGACAGAGUCAUUGAGUACCUUGUUGGAGAUGGCCCACAGAACAGAUUCGCUCUCAUAUGCCAACAGUGUUUGUCCCACAACGGCAUGGCAUUAAAAGAGGAAUUUGAAUAUGUCGCCUUCCGAUGCGUGUAUUGUUAUUUCCUCAAUCCUGCUAGAAAGACCAGACCUCAAGCACCCAGACUCCCUGAGGUCACGGGUGAGCUGAAAACGUCUUCUGAGGCACCUUCAUCAUCGUCCAGUGCUGAGGAAGACUCCCCGCAACCUUUUAAAGAGGAGACACAGGAUGUAGCACCCCCAACCCCUCCAGAGUCCAGUCCUGAGUCUGACCACCAAAGCACUCAUGAGUCACCAGAUGAGCCCUCUGAGAAAUCUGAUGGAGAGCAGGAUUUGUCUGCCAUGGAGGUGGAGUAA